AUGCAAAAGACCAGUCACGAAGCGAUAGUCUCCACAGCAAUGGAGAGCCGUCUUUCUUUUUACAAGAUCUUCCCAAACAACAAGCCCCAAGGAAUCCCGAUCAACCAAAGUACCAUCACCCACGACCUCAUCCCCCCGAUCCUCCCCCUGCUUCGCGAGGCCGACACGCUUGAAACAAUCGCUUGUAAAUACGAGACCUUCGCCGCAGUUGUCGAAGCCGGUAGCAGCAUUGCGGUCCGCACCGGUACAUACCGUCCCGACUCAGGCGAUAACAACAAGGUCGAUAUCCCGGCGCUGGAGAUCGCGGAGACACAAGUCAUCAGCGAAAUGGUUGCUCUCGCGGAUGUGAAAAAGGUCCUCGUCGAGGCAGAGUUGCGAAAACUGCACAAAAGCAUUCAGGCUGCAUGUGAUGUAAUUCGACUUCGCGCAGACACUAUCAGGUCCUCAGUUGCUGCGUCUCAAUUUCUGCAGUGCUCCUUCAUCGCUCGCGAGGGCACCGACAGUGAGAGCGGGUCUGACCCCAACGAUGCUCUUAUUUGGCAAUGGCAACGAAUCAGUACCCGCGUGUUCCCCGUCCUCUCGAAAUCCAUCACAGACGGCAGUUGUGCUCUUGACGAUGCCAUCAGAAGCUCCUGGUCUGGACACAGCGCACAGGAGAACUGGGCACCUGCGUCGAGCCAAUAUACAGAGUGGCUCGUGGGCAGCACUGCGUGCGAGGUAGACUCUUCCGUCGUGCGCUUCAAUCUGCUUACGGGAGAACUUCUUGUCAACGGUCUACCACUGAACCGACUCCCGUCAGAAUAUGAGAAUCACGCGACUUACAAGAUCUUGUUUGGCAGGUCAAUCGUCGAGGUCAUGCCAAAGGGCUCGCACGGUUUCCCAUUGUCCACAAAUGUUCCAUUUGCUGGAUACAAUGUGCAAUUCGCUCUCCACUCGGGUGAGUUAUACGUUCGGGCGACAAAGAACGGCCACACACUCUACUAUGUACCCAGUCGGCUCCUGUCUGGUUCGUAUCCAGAGGCCUUCAUUAGUGACUACGUCCACUUCUACGACGAAACAACCCAAGUUCUGAGCUUGCGGCCGCUGAACAAGCCAUGGGCUGUCCCGCAGCAGCCAUGGACCCUCUCGCGUGAAGCUGCUGUUGGUCAAUGGCAGCUAUGCAAGGACAGUACGACCGUCAUUGGCCUCCACACGCCGACCUCAAAGACUCUUGCCAAGAUCCUGAGCACUCUUGAGGAGGAGGCACGCAUCCACUGCUUCUUGUCGGCCGACCACGAGGGGCUCGAUAUUGAGCUGCCCGGUCUUCGUUCUCGGUUCUAUCUCGAAGCAGGAGACACUGCUGUAUCGUGCAGGGACUUUCGCGGCAUGAUUGUUGAUGAGGAUCAGCAAAUUGGCACCCUAGUCGGCCUGUCCAACAAGGUCGUGCUGAAGAGCACAUCUUUGUCGCCCGAUAGGAUCGUCUUAGUACCAAACGGCAGCCCACAAGCCAAACGAACGCGAGCCCAUGUGUCCCUGCACAUAUCCGAAGGCCCAAGCAAGUGCCUCUACCCUUACCGAGUCGACACACCUCUUGGCCGUCUCGUGGACGGCGGGGAUCUGCAGGGCAAGCGCUUUCUAUAUCUUCUUCAUGCCUUGACGUCUUUCUGCAUGCCUGACCAGCUCACCUCGCGGACAGGCACGGAAGAGGCGCUGCGCAUUCUGCAAUCCGCUGCUGUUCGGUCCGCCGAUGGACUAACACAGAUUUCCAUCUCAACACUCAAAAUGAUUGCCGGCUUGACUCCAAAGAGGGAGUUUUACCCCAGGCACCUGCGGGUGAUGCAGACGAUGCACUUUGACAACAAGGUUGGAGUCCUGGCACAGCACGAUGGCUUUGUCGACAAGGUCCAGGUAAUGCUCGACCAGGCGACCGACAAGAAGUUUCUCCACGAAAGUCAUCCGGAAACCGAGUCUGUAGGUCUGUACUCUGGUAUCAAAAGAAGCCUCCUGGUCCGCCACAAGAUCCGCGUGGCUCAGUUCCGGGUCUCGACUUUCGGCGCUGAAGACCACGACACCACACACGAUGUCGUCUACAAGGCUCGGGACGUAGCUCAUGAUUCUGCCACCGCAACAGCGACAUACGUCGUGGCCGCCACGCUCCACAACAACAGGUCCGAUCCGCACGUCACUGUGGCCCACGACCUGCCAAGGCACAUCUGGAACUUCCUUGAGAAGUACUCAGUCGCCAAUGGCUCCGCAGGCCUCGAGAUCGACGAGCUCUCUUAUGAAGCAAAGUGGAACUCGGCAGUUCACCGUGAAGAACUGGCUGAGACUGCACCGCCUCCUUAG